AGAAGACAAGGAGAAGAGAAACAGAGUUGGUAAAUAUCUCAAAAGUGCGAGAGGGUUCUGCAGACGUUGCAGUUCAAGUCGACAGUAGAUUAUUGUGAGUGCGAGGUUGAACACGACUAUCUCUAGUGUAAAGUGCGCCCUGUCCUCGACAGUCAGACCAUUGCGUGUAGUGUGUUUAGUAGUAGUGAAACGACGACGGGAUGACGGGCUCAGCACGUCUAAGGCCCGUUGUCAUUGUGGGCCUUAUACUUGCCCUUAUAGCUGCUAAUUCUUUUCAAGGUGUACAAGGUGAAAAUGAAGAGGAAGAACUGCCUUCAGAGAUCAAAUGUAGACCUUACAUUGAAAAAGCUUUAAAAGAUCGUGAUACAGGGAUUAUUGAUGGAGGCAGUAAAGAAGAUGAAAAUGGGCCUGAAAAAGUUGCUGAAGAUGUUACUGUGAGUCAAGAAGAGGAAGGAGAAUCGAAGGAACAGGAUGACGAACAGCAUGAAGACGAAAGUCAAGAAAAUGCCUCAGAAGAAUCUGCCGAAAAUAAACAAGACGUAACGACAGAGACUCUAGAGGAAGUUGAUGACCAAGCGCAACAAUCUGAAGAACAAAGUGAAACCAAAUUAGAAGAUCAAUCAGCAGAAAAUGUAAAAAGUGCAGAAGCAACUGAUUCUAAGGAAGAUCAAACUACUGAGGCUACUGAAAUAGACACAGCCGAAACAAUCGACGAAACCCACGAGAAUGUUGAUGCAUCAACUGAAGCACAAUCCGAAACAACUAAAGAAAUUCAGGAAGAUGACGAAACUCAAUCGACCGAAACUGAAAAAGAAAUGAGUAGACAAGAAGACGAAGAAGAUGAAAAAAAAGACGACGACAAGGAGGAAACUGAAGAAGCUGAACAAGAAGCAACUGAAGCAGUUAUAGCAGAAGAGGCAGAUUCAGGUGAAAAUACUGUUGAAGUAGCUGCACAAUCAGUUGAAGAAGAGGGAGAAAAAGAAGUGAGUAAUGAAGCUGAAGAAGCAGCUGUUGAUCAAGUUGAUUCGGAGAGUGAAGCUACAACGAAAGAAGAUGAUGGUAGUGUAGAAAAGACUGAGAAUCUUGAAGUGGAAGAAAAGUCUACAGAACAGGCUACUGAAUCAACAGAAACCCAAAACACUGCUGAAGUAAGUGGUGAAGAAAAUGUAGAUAAGGCUCACAGUGAAGAAGAACAAGUUAAUACAGAGGAAGAUAAACAAAGUACAGAGCAAGCUGAUGAACCUGUUGAAUCUAAAGAAUCGGACACGGUAUCUAGUGAGAAACCAAUAGAAUCUGAGGAAGCUCAUGUGAGUGAUGAGAAAGCUGCUAAAAGCAUGGAAGAUGCUACUCAAGAACAAGAUGAAGCUACUGAAACAAGUAAAGAAGCUGAAAAAGAAGAGACUACAGAAGCAGAAUCUGCAGAAAAAUCAGGAGAAGGAGAAGAAGAAAAAGAUUCUAAAGAAGUAACAGAACCAACUCCAGAAGAAGAUUUAAUUCAAGAAAUUGAAAUUCCAGAAAAUCUGAGGCCUCGAGAUCAUGUGAAUCAAAUACUUAGAUUAGAUCAGGAUAAUGCAGAAAAAGAAGCAGCUAUAGCUAAAGUUGCGGAUAUCGUUUUGAAAGAAUUAAAAAGAUUGUACGAUACCGCUAUCAAACCUUUAGAAACUCUUUACAAAUAUAGAGAUUUGAGUAAUAGACACUUUGGAGAUCCUGAAAUAUUUUCAAAGCCGUUAGUACUAUUUAUGGGUCCUUGGAGUGGUGGAAAAUCCUCUAUCAUUAAUUAUCUUCUUGAUAUUGAAUACAAACAAACAGCAUUAAGAACAGGUGCUGAACCAUCACCAGCCUACUUUAAUAUUCUCAUGCAUGGAGAAGAAGAAGAGGUAUUAGAUGGUACUCAAUUAGCAGCAGAUUGGACUUUUUCAGGUCUUCAAAAAUUUGGGCAAGGACUACUUGACCGUUUGAGAGGAUUAAAACUUAAUAACAAAUUACUUGAAAAGAUAAACAUUGUAGAAAUUCCAGGAAUUUUAGAAAUAAGAAAACAGGUUCAACGAUUAUUUCCUUUCAAUGAUGCCUGUCAAUGGUUUAUUGAUAGAGCAGACAUUAUUUUCUUAGUUUAUGAUCCCUCUAAAUUAGAUGUCGGUCCAGAAACUGAAGCUAUUUUAGAUCAGCUCAAGGGAAGAGAAUAUCAGACGAGAAUAAUUUUAAAUAAAGCUGAUCAAGUAAAACCAGAAGAGUUAAUGAGAGUCCAAGGAGCUUUAAUAUGGAAUAUUUCACCAUUAAUGUCAAGUGCUGAACCACCAAUUAUGUAUUCAACUUCACUUUGGUCAAUGCCAUAUGAAGCUGGAGCACCUACUCGUCUUUUGUAUGCUCAAGAGCGUGCUUUUCUUAGGGACUUACGGUCGGCAAUCGACAAAAGAGUAGAACAUAAAAUUGCUAGUGCAAGAAGAUUUGCUGUGAGAGUUCGUAAUCAUGCAAAGAUGGUGGAUUGCUACUUAACAACCUAUUACAACCAUAAAUCGUUCUUCGGUAGCAAAAAGGAAAUUAGUGAUAGAAUUAUUGAAAAUCCACAAGAGUAUCAUAUUUAUGAAGGAUUAAGUACUUUAACCAACAUUUCUCGCUAUGACUUGCCAGAUCCUGAUGUCUACCGCGACUUUUUCCGUCUCAACAAUCUCUACGAAUUUCCAUUACUUAGUUCAACUUGCACAUAUUUCCGUGGUUGCCCAAUAAACAGACUCGAUGUGGCCAUUGCUUAUGAUCUCCCUGAAUUAGUUGGUAAAUAUAAAAAAUCUGUAGAAGCAGCAAUACAGCAAGAAGAAAACCAGUCUGUAAGUUGAAGUAUAAUCAUGAAUGUACGAGAAAUGACACACAAGAGCAAAGCUCUUAUAUAAAUCGUCGAGUUUAUCAACAUCCAAAUUAUUCCAGCCUAAAAAACGUAAAAUCAUUUCUCGACGUGUCAACUUUUUGCGGUAUGGAACUUGUUGAUAUUCUUGAUGUUUUUCUUAAAGUUAAUCAUUUCCACGUUUUGCUGCAGGCAGCUAAGUGUGGAGAUCUUCAAUAGUAAAAAAAUACGAUCAGUA